AUGAGCGGCGUUGGUCUCGAGGUUUUGCUCGAGGGUCUCAUUCCCGAGAUCGCAUAUUCUGGAGAAAAAGGCGUGUCUGUCUCUGCACUACUCAAAAUCGUCCGUCAGUAUCACAACACUCUCGAUGCACGACAAGAUGCAACUUCAGGAGAAGACAUCGCUGCUGUGGCGGCGCAGAUCACACAGAAAGAUGAAGAGAAGCUCGAUGAAAGCUCAUUCUCGCCCGCUGAGAUGGUCUCAGCUCGCUGGGCUUGGGACUGGCUGCGUACCCGACCACAAAUUCUGAUCAACAAGAACAAGCGCUACAACAAGCUUGAGCUACAAGAAGUUCUCGCCUUACCCGAAGCUGCUGAGAGCAAUGGAGCAGAAGUUGAUGACGGCCCUGCCGACAUUCCCAAAGAGAAAGAAGCCGCACCAAAAGCGAAAAAGGCGGCGUCCAAACCCAUCAAAGCAGCUGCCUCUCAGAAGAAAGCCUCAAAACCGAAAUCCAAGAAGGCCGCACUUACUGUUCGGCCUCGAAUCUACCCUGCCGAAGACCUUGUUUGGCAGACUCUCACUCGCCAUGGUGUGGACUACAAGAGAGUCCCUGUUCUUGAAUGGAAGUGUCUUCUUGGUAUUGCCUCUGUUAGAGACAAAGGCAUUCUGCAGAGCGAUCUUCGAAGAUUGGUGGACCAGGACAAGCGUUCCCUUCCCAAGCGAACCGAUUCCCUCGCCAGAAAAGGCUACAUCGCAAAGCGGACAAUCGUGGUGUCGAAGAUGAAAACUAGCAAGCUCUGGCUUAUCGACUUCGCGCCUCCCAUUCUGGAGACUGAGACUGGUGGACUUGAUUUGUCGGUCGAGACGCUUACCAAGGACCUGGAGCCUGUUACCUGGCAUGAUCGGUGGACUAGGGAUAACAUCGACAUGGAGGCUUUCGCUCGGACCUUCGUCGGCGUCGUCAAGGCAUGGCAAGUCAUUCGCUAUGCCGAUUUGAGGUCCAAGAUGGGCGUCGUGGGGAAGCACUGGCAGAUGAAGACCCUUGCCAAGAACUGUCAACGCAUCGUCGACUUGGGUGUUUUGAAGUACACUGCUGCCACCUUUCCUGGCGCACGUAAAGUCUUCAAGGACUGUCUCAAGUUCAUAAGAGACCCAACGGACGAGGAAUGGGAAAAGUUUCUUGCCACAGGCAAGAAGACAUCACUCUACUCGGACGCUACGCGCCAUCGUGAGCCAAAACCUAACGCGCUUGCCCUCUUCGGAAAAGCCGCCAAAGCCGACGAGGCGGCGAAAAAUGAGCCCAAGCCCAAGCGUCGCCGCAUCUUUCCUGGCUGGACUCCAGAAAAGCCGCUUGCUCAAAACGUGUUUGAAGUGAUUCAAAGCGCAGGCCCAGCAGGAGCCUCGAAUCCUCAGGUCAGCGUUGCCACGGUCGGGUACGCCUUUCGUCGGUACAUGGCAAGCCACUUGACCAAGGUCGCUGAAACGCAGCAACCAUCGCACCUCAAGCAUUUCCAAGUCGUAAGUAGACUGGAGCGGAAGGGAAAGACUUCUGCCUACAUGUUUUCCGUGACAAACCCUGCUGCUCAAGAUGAUGCCAGGGACAGCCCAGCCGCUGCGACCGGUGCUAGUGCGUAUGGCUUUGGUCAAGUACGAGCAAAAUCGUUCCCCGAAACAUCAGACCUAUCCCUUACGGAAAUCUGCCGGUUGGCCAAGAAGCCUCGCUCGAUGGCAAAGCGAAAAGGCCGCCAUCUGAGCAAACUUGAAGCCAUGUCACAAACUGAGGCCGAGGCAUCCAAAACUCCAGACGAUGUUGUCAUGUCGGGACAACCGAAUUUUGAGCCUAUCACGCCAAUAGACCAGAGUGUCAAUGGAGAUGAUGCCACCCACGAAGACCUCGCAAACCACACAAAGGCCGCGUCUCCUGAACUUGUGGAAGAGAGGCCACCGGGUGCCUAUAGAGGUAUCCCUGGGUCACUCAAUCCAAAUCCACAUUUUAUUGGACGACCCAGAAAGUCCAUCGUCAUGGUGUUCCGAUCAGAUAAGUUGAAGGACCCCAACUUCUUGGGUACUCCUCGGGUGUCCGAUGCGGACCCAUCACCCGCUUCAUCAGUUUUGGGAGUUACCGACCAUUCGAGCACCGUACUCAGUGCGAGGUAUAAUGGUAUUGCCGGAACGUUAACAAUUUCUGCUGCAAGUCGGGCGGUUACAUUUGACAGGGACUCCAAAGAAGCUGGCAAAGAGCCUCUUGCUAUCAAACUUGACGAUAUGCUGGAUGAUCCGGCUGUACGGGACGUCCCUGGGGCAGAUGGCAAGAGUUUGGUUAUUGUGACCAAGGAAAAUCAAAGCACCAGCCAGUUCGUGGUUGCUGAACCAUCAACCCCUCAGAGCAUUGCAGAUGAUCUGGCCCCAACAAGAGGUGGGGCUGUUCGCGGUGGCCGCGGUGGCCGUGGUGGCCGUGGUCGCGGAGGAAGCACCCGGAUCCGAGGAGGCCGUAGGGCGCAGAUGCUUGCCAACGACCCAAAGCCUUACAAAUGUGAAACUUGUGGUGGUGCUUGGAAGAACGACAUUGGACUCAAGUAUCAUCAGACGAAGGCCCAAACGCCCUGCAAUCCGAACUUCGACCCUUCUACUGUCGCAGAACGCGGAAGAAAGAGGCGAAAGCUUAUGUCACCGGAGCCAGAUGCUGCUUCUGUGGCUUCAGGUGCUGGAGAUAACCAAAACGCACCAGUUGGUAAUCAACCGGAGAAGGACGGGCGCAAAAUGCGAAAAUCAUCAGCUCGCUCACGCGCCACUGUCAGAGCCGGUGUUAGAGCGAUCCAAAAUGCCGAAAUGACUUUCCGUGGGUUGAAUGCCAGCAAUGUUGUCGAGAGCGUAGAAGAUGCUGCUCAGUUAUCAAUUCAUCAGCACCAUCAAGCAGCCGGCGGGCCUCUGUCCUCUCAUGUCACCCAUGUUGCACCUAAGCCCAAAUUUGGAGGAAUCAUCAGUAACUUCUCCAAGGAAGACGAUACCCUUCCAACACCUAGCAACCCACACAGCCAACAUGAUCCGAUGAAGAUUCAGCAUGUUAUCGACCCACAACAAACACCCCAGCGUCAUUCAGCAGCAUCAACAGCCUGCCAACCAAGUCCAGGCUCAAGUGGUGCCGUUUAUUCCUUCAAAGACUACAAUCGGUUUUCCACCGAGGCCAAGAAAAGGACCGCUCAGGCUCGUGACAUCAUUCUCUACCUUCUGGACAACAAUUUUGGCGUUUUUCCUGGUGGCAAGUCAUUAUUCUAUGCCCUGACCAAGGUGUAUCUUCGGGCGUUCAGACACCAAUCUCCCCCAACCUGGAAGAAUCAUCAGGCCGCGAUCAAGGCGCUAGAAACUCGUCACCUAGCUGUUCUUCACACCCACAUGCUGAGGACAGAGGCUGGCAGGUUCAUCGAACUUUCCCUGAUUUUGAAGACCGGAGUCAAGACCAACGAUCCCAUGCCAAUGAAGGUGAAGAAAAGGAUGAAGGAGAAGUAUCCAAGCCUCUAUAUUCCCACAGCGUUUUCCCCGACACAGGAAGAAUUAACCACUUUGGAGGAGUUGUAUGAGAAACCUGCUGGUAAUGGCAAGGAAGAGCGGAAGGUCAAUGCAAAUGGCCAAAAGUUUAGGAGCAGGAGAAAGAUUGAUGAAGUCGAAGUCUUCAACGCACCUUUUUACACCCAGCACAACGAAGAGAAAGUCCGCGACUCUACGGAUCCUCUCUGGGUAUUGGAAUCCGAAAAGGUCAGCUCCUACAACAAGCGCCCAGCGAUGGAUGAGCUUCCGGAUGGCCACCCAGAAAAGAGGGCAAGAUUAGAUGAGCAAGGUACACCCAGCAAACGUUUCGGCGCGCAUCAUGACGAUUCAGAUGGUUCCGUGUGGGAGCCGGAUCACCCAUCCCCCUACCAUACAGGCCCCAGGAGGAGGGGACGCCCCGCGAAGCUUUUCGCACCAACGUACACGAAACAUGUCACCGACCAGGACGAGAACAUAGAACCACCUUCAGUCGCCGAGGCGAUCAAGGCAUACGGUCUAUUACCGGCUAAGUACGGCAGUAAGAAGAAGGAAGCGGCGCUCAGAAAGUUGCACAAACUGCUUCCGCAUGUUGGUAAGAUGAGGAAUCCAGGCUUAAGCAGCUUGCCGCCUUGGUUCUUUGACAGCCGCCAACGAACUAUCGAUAAACGCGUUGUUGAGGUCCAAUUUUUGGAACCUAAUCUCGACAUCCACGGGCCCGGUGCUUCCACAGCACAAGAGCAGCCGAAGCAAGCCGAGAAGUCAAUCUUAUCAAAGGGCGAGGGCUCCACAGCUGGCGAUGAUACCACAUCGAAUAACGAAAAGGCCGAGGGAGCCCAGAAACCCGUGGUCUUUCAGUUCGCGCCUUGUACUACGAUUCAAGACGAAUCACGGGGUUCUUGGGCUUCAAAGGGGUGGCAAUUCUUCGAGAACCACAAUGGCAGUUUUGCUGUCAAGGGUUGGAUGCCAGAUCUCGACUCUCUUACUGAGGAGAACCUUCCUCGCAGUGCUGAAGCGAUGGCCAAGGGCCCAGGAAUCACAUUCAACCCCGAUAGUUGGAAGGAUCCAGAAUACGGGAGAGUCACCACCCUUAUCGACAAGUGCGCGGCGUGGGAGCGCUCUUCACCCGGUACCGCCUUGCUCACAGCCAACAUCGUGUCGUCGAAGCCCAUUUUAAUCAACGUCUCUUCAUCGACGACCAAGGCUAGUAUGAAGAACUUGACGCUCAAAUGGUCAGAGGAUCGACAGUUCGACUUGGAUACCUUGCCGUAUGAUGACGUUGUUCAGGUAGCAGACGAUGAGUCGCUACCGUAUGACGGUGGUAGCCCCGACAGAGUCUUCAUACGGCCUGUUCGGGCCACUCGCACGAUCCGCAAAACUGAACCGAACAAACCUGGACGAAAAGGCGCAGGAGGCCGGCCUCCCAAGAUCAAGCUUCCUGCCAUCAAGACGGAGCGUGAGCACACAGCUUAUCCAACCACAGACAAUGACUUCUUGCGGGUUUCCGGUGACCGGACGCAGGAGCUGGAUUGGAGCAGUGACAACGUCAAGGUUACCGCGUUUGUUGUCGUCACUACAUUGCUGGGUGGUGUUGACAGGGUGGUUGAUUGGGGUCUGAUGAUGAGACUCUUUCCCGAUAUGACGCUUAGCCAGCUCAGGCAUACUUGGGGUUCUUUGAAGAAGGACCGUAUGUCAAGCAUUGUAAACCUGACUGAUAAGUUCAGACGUGCUUUCCUCAAAGCCUAUGGAGUAGGCGUACCGAAGAUCAACUUCGACAAUAUCCUCGAAUACGACUGGAAGUGGCUCAUCAAGUGGGCUUCUAACCUUGACGAGUUCCGUCAUGCCGACAUACCGGGAUCCAGGAAUGCUCUCAAGAGAGACUACAACGUGACCGGAAUAGGAAUUGAGGACCGUGAGUGGCGGGAGACAUACAAUCAUCCGCAGCGCUCGGUCUUUAACAAGUUCCAAGACGCAACUUCGGAAGCAAUGGCACUGUCAAUCGACGAAGACGAUAUCAAAGAACAAAACAACGUCAGAAGAAGAGAGCUGGCACUUGCCAUGGCAUUUAUGCGCUCACUAUGCGUGACGCCAGUCGAGACUUACUCAAAGGAGCACAUCAGCAAGCAACGCAACAGCUUAUUCCCCACCCUCUCUAGGGCAGAGGUUGAGGGUCUUAUGGUGAAGGGCGUUGAUCAGCUCCAACGUGAGGGCAUCAUCUCCAAAUCUAACUCCCGGUUCCAGAAUGGCUGGCGUUGGCGCAUUGCCAACCGCAUCACCGACCUGCUUGACAAGGUCUCACACGAGGAAAGACUCGCUCAAGCCCUCGCCUACAAGCGGGAACUCGACAAAGCCUUCCGGGCUGGUGAGAAGAAGCGUGUCACAUACGUCACUAACGACGGAAUGAUUAUGGCUCUGCUCAACAUGCAAGCCCACCAGCGCGUCCGCAUUGAGACCACCGGCCAGCCAUAUGUGUCUAUGGGUUUCGAGCCUGGCAACUACGAGACAAGAAAGUACACCAAGAAAUACCUUCACUUCCGCAUCGAUGUCAUCCCUACUGAUACCUACCGCUACGACGAUGAUCAGGAGCUGGAAGAUUUCCGCAAGCGAGUCAUGUCAGCACCGCCUCCUAAUAUGGGGCCGGAUGGCGCAACGCCUAUUUGGUGCGAUGUGUUUGGCCGGAUUGACGCAACUCGCUGGCUUCGCUAUUUGUGUGUCGUACUUGUCACAAUCGCUUCCAAGGGCGCCAUGGGUCCCGAGGAAUUGUGCAAGACGCUCAAGCCCGCGAUCAUGCCGUUCGAGGCUGAGUUGAUCAUCAACUGGGCCGAGCAGUUGGGCAUCCUCGGACAGCAGUAUGAGGGCACAGCGCUAACGGUGAUGGAGUGGUGGUGGAUGGCCUUGGAUGCACAGAAGCAGGGUCUGGAGGCUGGUCUUGCUGGUGCUGAUGUAGCAGAGGGAAUGAGGACUAGGAGAAUGUUCCCCGGUAUGAAGACAUUCUAG